AUGGUGCAGUGGAGUGCGCGGAGGCUGCAGCACGAGCGGGACCUGGUGGUGUCCCUGGCCCACGAGAGCAGCACCCUGCAGGAGAGGAUGGCUGAGGAGCAGGAGGCGCUCGGCCGCCUGGAGGGCGUGCUGGAGCUGGUGGAGCGCUUCGAGGCGGCCGAGUCCGGGGCCAUCGAGGACGACCAGGGGCCGCCGCCUCUCACCCUGCAGGAAUGCGCCAACAUCUUCGAGACGCUGCAGAACGACUAUUACCAGGAGUACAAGUCCCUCGGUCUGGGUGAUCUGGCUGUGGCGGUCCUGCACCCCCUCCUGCGCGAGCAGCUCCGGGGCUGGGACCCUCUGAAGGACAGUACAUACAAACUGGAGGAGGUGGGGCAGUGGCGUGCCAUUUUAGAAUCUAGCCAGCUUCACAACAGCAACCCUGACAGUUCCCACAUGGACCCAUACCACAGGCUGCUUUGGGAGGUCUGGAUCCCGGUAAUGAAGACCGCGGUCUCCCAGUGGCAGCCCAGGAACGUGGGCCCCAUGGUGGACUGUGUGGAGAGCUGGGCCCCCCUGCUGCCUCUCUGGAUCCUGGACAACCUGCAGGAGCAGCUCAUCUUCCCCAGGCUGCAGAGAGAGGUGGAGAACUGGAACCCCCUGACGGACACGGUGCCCAUCCACUCCUGGCUGCACCCCUGGCUGCCGCUGCUGCAGGCCCGGCUGGAGCCACUCUACCCCCCCAUCCGCAGCAAGCUGGCCCACGCCCUGCAGCGCUGGCACCCCAGCGACGGCUCCGCCCGCCUCAUCCUGCAGCCCUGGAAGGAGGUCUUCACCCCCGGGGCCUGGGAGGCCUUCAUGGUCAAGAACAUCGUGCCCAAGCUGGCUCUGUGUCUGGGAGAGCUGGUGGUUAACCCCCAUCAGCAGCACAUGGAUCCUUUCCACUGGGUCAUGGACUGGGAGGGAAUGCUGUCUCUGUCCAGCCUGGUCGGGCUGCUGGACAAGAACUUCUUCCCCAAAUGGCUGCAGGUUCUGUGCUCCUGGCUCAGUAACAGCCCAAACUAUGAGGAGAUCACCAAGUGGUACCUGGGCUGGAAGUCCAUGUUCUCCAACACAGUGCUGGCCCACCCUCUGGUCAAGGAGAAGUUCAACGAGGCGUUGGAUAUCAUGAAUCGUGCAGUGUCCUCUGGCAUUGGUGUGUACCUGCAGCCGGGCGCGAGGGAGAACAUCGCCUACCUGACACACACGGAGCGCCGCAAGGACUUCCAGUACGAGGCCCUGCAGGAGCGCCGGGAGGCGGAGAGCGUGGCCCAGCGCGCCAUCGGAGCUGCGGGCGUGCCCACCAACUUCAAGGACCUGAUCCAGGCCAAGGCCGAGGAGAACAACAUCGUCUUCAUGCCCCUGGUGGCCAAGCGGCACGAGGGCAAGCAGCUGUAUACCUUCGGCCGCAUCGUGAUCUACAUCGACCGCGGGGUGGUGUUCGUGCAGGGGGAGAAGACCUGGGUGCCCACGUCACUACAGAGCCUGAUCGACAUGGCCAAGUGACAUCCACAGACCCCAAACUGCAGUGGACAAAAAUAACACUUGUAUUUUGUUACCCUAUUUUUUUGUUGCCAUAAAGGAUAGGACCGUAAAAAUGUAAAAUGCGACCUCCUGGGAAAUGUAGUUGAAGAGCUGUUCUUGGGUGCUGUGGUCAAAGUGUCCUGUUUGUUUUGCUGAGUGUAUCGGCUUAUUCGUGACUGAGAGCAUACUCCCUCCACCCAACAGAAAUACUCCACCAUCUUAGAGCUGUUCCAUGUUCAGUUUGGCCUGAUCGCAUCUACCAAACGGAUGACAAAUAGAUUCAAGAUUAUCAUUUGUGGAUAAUGAAUAUUUCAUUUCAACAAUUUUAUUUAUAGUGUUCAAACUUUCUCUGAGUAGUUUACAGAAACACUUUUUAUUAUCAGUGACAGCAUGCGGCAGCUGGGAUGGGGAACUCUCAGUUGAGUAAAUAACUAAAAGACUAGUAAACUUUUAGUCUAAAUUCUGCUGGCAGGUUGGCCUGAUUAAGACCGGUGGAUUUCCUGAUUUCCAUCUAUAAUGAAGGAAGUUUCUGGAGAAGCAGUGGAAGAGAACAAAUUGCUGGUUAAAGUUAAUGUUUGGUUGUUUUUUUAAUUGGAAUAUAUGUUUGAAUAAAAGGAUCUGCUUGUUUUGAUAUGCUUAUAUUUGUGAUGUUUAAAAUCUUCAUUAUGAAAAAGUGGUACAACACAAGCGGUAUAUUUUGGAUAUACAGUGCAGUCCGUACUUGGACAGUGGCAAUAUUUCUGAACACACCACAUCAAACCUCUUAAGAGGACAGCAGGAAAAGACUUGAUUCUAAAAAAUAAGUAAUAAAUAGACUCGGGUUGGAUUCCUAACUGUUUUUGGGGUGAAGCCACACACCCUCCUGCGAAACUUUUGCAACCUGCCCGUCCAACUUUGUUUAUUUUUAAGGGUGAAUGUCCUAUGUUCUGUAUAUCUUUGACGCACUCCAAAAGAACACCCACACACAAAACCAACCAUUGACUGCAAUCAUGAAGUGUCUCGCUCUGGCUUUGCUCCUGUGCGCUCAGCUGUCUCUUCUCCAUGGGGCCUGCUACAUAAAACUAAUGAAGCCAGGUGCAACUGAGUGUGAGGACAUUGUGGACCAUACCAAGCAUGCCAUUGGCUCCACCUGGAGAAACUCCCAAUGUGAGAGAUGUGACUGCACCGAGUGCUGCGAUGUGCCUAGACCCGUUUCCUUUCCAGAAGACUGCAUGAUGGAGUUGGACAAGGAACAAUGUAAAUACAGGGUGUUCAAGAAGAAUGACCCCACACAGCUAUGCCCAGUUUUUGUCAUAGUUGGGAAGUGAAACUUGUUGUCAAGAAGUAGUAGUAGACUAGAAGUAGUCUAACUGCUACAAUAAAGCUUUCCCUUAUGUAAUAA